GGCCGAUGUUGAGCACCUUGGACGACUUCUGGUCCAUGGUAUGGUCACAGAACACGUCACUGGUGGUGAUGCUCUCCCGUGUGGGGGAAUAUAGACAGAACCACAGUUACAAGUACUGGCCUGAUGUUGGGGAUAGCGUUGAGACUGAUGACGUCAUUGUCACCACCAUUGACGAGGAGGAAAGAGCGAAUUUCGUGACCAGAUCAUUUCUUCUGAAAUACUCAAAGACCGGAAAGAAAAGACACGUGACCCAUUUCCAGUUCACAACAUGGCGGGAGUCUACAUUCCCUCCUGUGCCAGCCUUCCUGCAGUUCUGGAAAAAGUUCAGAAGCCUCAAAAAGACAGGCACUCAUCCCCCUGUUAUACACUGCAGGUACGCUGUGGUUUUUGCUGUUCUGGACAUCUACAUACAAAUGCUAGGAGGGGUGUUCAGUGGUCAUAAGAGAUGA